AUCCCCCGGCGGCGGCCCAGUGCGCCUGCGCGCCUUCUCAGCGGCUCCCGGCGCGGUUCCAGUCAUCUCGGCCCCGGCGGCUACACAGGCACCAGAGGGACUCGGGCUCCAGCCGCCGCCGCCGCCUCCUCUCCGGCCCGCCAUGGGCUCCUGAGGUUCACUUGCUACUUCCAGGGCUUCCCUAAGGGAAGCCGUCACCAGGAAGCACCAUGAUGGUGACCCAGGCUGUGCUGGCCCCCGAGCCAGCCUCCCCACCCACCACAGCAGCACCCCCUAGCUUCUCCUGGAUCCCCGAAGGCAGCCCGACUGCGAUGGAGCAGCCCAUCUUCCUGAUGACCACCGCAGCCCAGGCCAUCUCUGGCUUCUUUGUGUGGACAGCCUUGCUCAUCACCGGCCACCAGAUCUACAGACACCUGCGCUGCUACAGCUGCCCCAAUGAGCAGCGCUACAUCGUCCGCAUCCUCUUCAUCGUGCCCAUCUACGCCUUUGACUCCUGGCUCAGCCUCCUCUUCUUCACCAAUGACCAGUACUAUGUGUACUUUGGCACCGUGCGUGACUGCUAUGAGGCUUUUGUCAUCUACAACUUUCUGAGCCUCUGCUAUGAAUACCUUGGAGGAGAGAGCGCCAUUAUGUCGGAGAUCCGAGGGAAGUCCAUUGAGUCAAGCUGUAUGUACGGUACCUGCUGCCUCUGGGGGAAGACGUACUCCAUUGGCUUUCUCAGGUUCUGCAAACAGGCCACCCUGCAGUUCUGUGUGGUGAAGCCCCUCAUGGCCAUUAGCACAGUGAUCCUCCAGGCCUUCGGAAAGUACCGGGAUGGCGACUUCGAUGUCACCAGUGGUUACCUCUACGUGACGAUCAUCUACAACAUCUCAGUUAGCCUGGCCCUCUAUGCCCUCUUCCUCUUCUACUUUGCCACCCGUGAGCUGCUGAGCCCCUACAGCCCUGUCCUCAAAUUCUUCAUGGUCAAGUCCGUCAUCUUCCUCUCCUUCUGGCAAGGUAUGCUCCUGGCCAUCCUGGAGAAGUGCGGGGCCAUCCCCAAGAUCCACUCAGCCGAGGUGUCAGUGGGGGAGGGCACUGUGGCUGCCGGCUACCAGGACUUCAUUAUCUGUGUGGAGAUGUUCUUUGCCUCCCUGGCCCUGCGCCACGCCUUCACCUACAAGGUCUACGCUGACAAAAGGCUGGAUGCCCAAGGCCGCUGCGCACCCAUGAAGAGUAUCUCCAGCAGCCUCAAGGAGACCAUGAACCCCCAUGACAUUGUGCAGGACGCCAUUCAUAACUUCUCCCCUGCCUACCAGCAGUACACACAGCAGUCCACACUGGAGCAUGGCCCCUCCUGGAGGAAUGGCGCCCACGUGCUUGCCCGCUCCCACAGCCUUGGGGGUGGAGGCGGCCGAGACAACGAAAAGACCCUUCUGCUGAGCUCCGAUGAUGAGUUCUAGGAGCCAGUGGGAUGGAGGACCAGGCAGCCCGAGGAGCCGGCGCAGAGCUGAGGCGCCCUCCCGCCCUCCCCAGGGGAGGGGGAUGUUGGAAACUGUUUAGCACAGCCUUGGAACCUUCCUUUAAUUUAUUAAAGCAGAAACACUCAAGUCAUAUCACUUCCCUGGAUGGUAGGAGGAGCGUCCCAGCAGAGGGGAACAGGCCAGGUUUGUCUCCCCAGGAAUAUUUCUGAGUGCCGAGCCAGGUGGUCCCCUGGGAACCUGGGAGAGAGCAGUCAGAGCACAUGGCUUGGGAGGCCUCCAGACCCCCCAGCUAUUUCAGGGCACAGUGACCAGGGCCAUGUGUAUCUGAGCUGGAUGAAUGGGGUGGUUGCCACAAUCCACUCCUACCUUCUCCCCCAGCCCCUCACAGUCUGUCUCCCUUGGAGCUGGCACCAAGCCAGGCCCCCAGGCCCAGGGAUGGGACAGGGUGCAGCCCCCACUCCCCACCUAAUUGUGCAAUACUUCCCUCGCUCCUCCUUCCUUUGUUCCUGAUGAGUACCUCAGCCUUGCUCCAGAGGGAGAAAUGGGAGAGAACCUGGACCACUCCCCCCCAAACAAGUGGGUCCAUUCCUCACAGCGUUGACAUGCCAGGCAGAAUUGGUGCCCCUGGCCCAUGGUGCCCCUCCAAGUGGGGCACCAGGCCACUCCCUGCUGCCAGGUUCUCAUGGAAACCAGGGCCACACAACCCCAGUCUCCUCCAGAGCCUUGAUUUCUUCCAGAAGAAUCAUGCCUCAGGGCAGGGCUGCUGGUCCAUUGUGUAGGCCUCAGGGCUGGUCGUGGGGCAUCUCAGACCAGUUUCUCUAGGUCCCUGAAAGCCAGCUCUCCAGAAUGCUUGGGGAGAGGGGAGCAAAGAAAAUGAGAAGAUGGAAGAGGGGCUUUCCUUCAGUAGGGGAGGGGAGGGAGGGCCCAGCCCCUUCUUGUCUUCUGGCCUGGCAGGGCUCUGGGACCCACCCCCCAGACGCCCUGUCUCUUGUGUGCCUUAGUUUCUCUUGCCCUGCCCUCCCUUUCAGGCGUAUCCACCUUGUCCCAGCCCCUCGCUGAGAGCCAGCUGCUACCUGGACGUUUGCCACCAGGCUCACUGGGCUCUGAGACCCGGGGGCCUUCAGCAGGUGUCAGAAUGCCCCCACCAUCCUCACGCCUACUGCCACCACCCCCCCAUUCCUACCUUGAGGCCUCUUCCUAGACAGGAAGGCAGGCUGAGUGAGCAAAUCUUCUCUUGUAAUUAGUAAAUCAGAACUUCGAAAUGCAUGAAACAAACACCUCCCAUCAUCCCCUGGCCUUGUGGAGAGAGGGCUGUCAGGAGCCCUCUGGUUAGAUGUACCUUCCUCCCCACAUUCAGGAGGGAAGGCUCCUGAUUUUAGGGCCUCUCCUGGGUCAGAUGAGGGGAGAGGGGCUUGUUGAUUGAUAUCUUCCCACCAAAUGUCUUUCUAGUCCCUUGAGUGAGGGGCAGCAGAGGUAACUCUAUGAGGUGAACCCCAGCAGAUGGGAUGGCCUGGCUGGGGGCGGGAGAUCUCAGCCUCUCUGCCUGUGAUCCUGGUGGUGAUUCCGAAAUGAGCUCCCCUAACCCUCCCCACUGGUACUGGUGUGGGCCUUAGCCACUGCCCCCAUCAAGGCCAGGCCCAGCCCUCCCCAGCCACAGGACGGGCAUCUGCCCACUGUCCCCUCUCCCAUCAUGGCCUCUCCCUCCUCAUGCCUUUUGGGCCAAAGUAGCGGUUGCUGCCCCUGCCCAUGAAGGCCUUUGCCAGAACUCUGAGGGGGCAGGGGCCCCAAGCCUCCUGGGGCAGCAGGUUGGGGGGCGCCUCCCUCCUGCUCUUUUUAUGUGUAACUUACCUCCCACGCCCUUUUUGUAUGAUUAUUAUUUUCAGGUAGUGUAGCUCUUUGUAUAUAAAGACUUGAAACCUUCAUUGUAUGAUCUAUGAGAAGUCAGAGUCACCUAGUUUUGUAUGCCAGGUAGGAUUGUGAGGCUCCCCCAGAAAGCAGCUCUCUCUAUUUUGGUCUGUGAUAUUUUAAAGGCGCCGGGACAGGAGCAGAUAAGCUGAGAGAUUAUAUAUAUAUAUCUAUCUAUCUAUAUAUAUAUAUAUAUAUAUAUA